CAAAUCUAAAUAAAGAAGAACAAAGCAAUGAGUGCAGAACUAGUGUACGUUCAUGUAUUGUUCAUAAAUGUGACUUAUGUUCUUUUGUAUUUUAUAGGAAACUGUGCAACGUCUUCAUAACUCCGAGACAAAUGGCAGGCGCCAUUAACCACAGCAAUGACAUACUUUGGGAAGAUAUGGGGAACCUCUGCUACAGUCAACAAGAUCAUGAAGCUCUGGGAACUGAACGGAAAAGGACAGCUCGUUCUUGACAGAGAAGGAAGAGGACUCAUAGUCCCUGCUAUGUCACCAGUUGCUACACACACACAGCAAAAUUGUUCAUCAGCAGUUGGUGGGCCAAGCCGUGUUCGACCCAGACCCUUCACUGCUGACAAAGUGUUAUCUGAUGAGGAUGUGGAAUCAGCUAUUGCCGUUUUGAAACACUCUGCUGAUGAAGACAACAUCCGUGAGAAGAUGAAAGCUACCUUCAUUUAUCGUCAGUCAAUGGUCAACAAUGAGAAGAGAGCAGGGGAUGUGUUCUCAGUCUUCCCGAGAUUUCUAGACACACCUGGACUGAUAGAACAAGAUUUCAGACUGCUGUUUGGGGAGGCCACAGCCAACAAAUUCCUGGAAAAGUGGGCCACUAAUCUGAAAACAAAAGUGAUAAAAGAAAGCCAUGGACUGGUACCAGUCUGCUAUCUUGCUGCUCCUCCAUCUCCUACCACCAUCUGCAUAGAGAAGGAAGAGGCCGGGGAAGGUGUCGGCAUGUCAGGCUGUGAAACACCUAAUCAGAUUCAUAAAAGCUGGAACCAGUGUACAGCAGCACCUGGAUAACACAGCACAUCAGCCAAAUCAGCCAGCCUUACCUCCUCGCUCAGGGGCCUGCAAGAAGCAGCAUUCACACCUUCUUUAUUGUGAUUGACAAGUAUGCGCCUCCAUGUAAGGCAACAGGUUCAGUGGGAGAACCUGUUUAAGGCCCAUUACGUCUUUGGUACCUCUUACAGCUCUUCCUUGGCCAACUUUUUCACUUUUCUCCAAACAACCAUUUACAACAUUUAUGUUGGGGAAACAAAGGAAACUCCCAAAGUUGCAGAGCUGCGAGCAAGAAUGGUGCGUUAGUGACUCAUAAUGAAGUGUUUUCUUUGCAAAAGUGACCAUGGGAGGCCAAACAGCCUUAUAAGCACCUUAAGGUAAUUCAUGGUCUCUGUAAUGGCCAGACUCUUCAUCUUAAAUUUGGCCAAGGUGGAUGUUCACGUUCUUUUGGUAGCUUUUCAGGCUUUAGAAAGCAUCUGAACAAGUGCCAUGUAAGUGGUUCAUUUGAUUCUGUAGAAGAAAGUGAUUUUUCACCACACCAAAGUUUUGAGUGUAAUGCCACUGAUGUUGAUGUGUCGUCUGAACAUUUGGAGGGAAUGUCUACCUUAACUUCAGCCCACCUUGUAAAUAGUUGUGCAGCAGUAAUUUCUGAUUUAAAGGCAGCAGGUGUGAGCCAAAGUGUAGUGAACUCUGUUGUGACGUCCAUGGAAGAGAUUGUUCAAGUUGUUUAUUGUUCAUUAUUCAAGGCCUUUUGACAUACAAAUGUCAUAUGGAGGGAAUGACACAGCUCUCUAUGUUGUUCCAUAUUGCUUUAUUUGUUUAGCAAUAAAGCACACUGUACUGUCAUCUUGUAUAAGUGUGUUUUUUCCAUUUGAUAGGUUAGA